AUGAUGGACAAUCAGCCGCCCCUCACAUCACCGGAUGGUUUCAGUGAUGGGAACCCACCACCGAGAGGCCCCCUUCCUCUGUAUCCCCGGAAUUCCACACAGGAAGGUCACACCAUCCCUCACCCUCAUCAGGGUGAAGGUCUGAUGGACAUGAAAGUUGAGGUUGAAGAAGAAGAGACGUAUUUGAGGGAUGAUCAGCAAUAUAUGGAGGAGGGUGGAAUGACGACAUUGAUAGAGGCGGGCACUCUUACAGAGAUCAGCGCAGGACACGCCAUCAAGAGACCCUCAAAGGAUGAUCUUACUUUAUCUCCAGUUUGUGAAAUGGAAGAUGAGGACGUUACAAGAGAUUGUGCAGGAGAAACAACAAUGAGCUCAGCUAUGGAUGGGGAACUUCACAGUGUGGAUAGACCAUCAAAUCCCUCUGACUCUGAGCAACCUCGUACUGUGAGGGAUGGUGCCGGAAUUCAGGGGAAGGAGAAAUUCUCCUGUCCUGAAUGUGGGGAAAGUUUUAGCUCUGAGUUAAAUCUUUCAGUACAUCAGAGAUCUCACAUGGGUGAGAUGCCACAUUCCUGCCCUAAAUGUAAGAAAUGUUUUACAACAAAAUCAAAACUUGCUAGACAUCAAAGAUUUCACACAGGGGAGAAGCCGUAUUCCUGCCCUGAGUGUGGGAAAUGUUUUACAACUAAGUCAAAACUUGUUAGACAUCAAAGAUUUCACACAGGGGAGAAGCCGUAUUCCUGCCCUGAAUGUGGGAAAUGGUUUACUACAAAAUUAAAACUUGUUGGGCAUCAGAGAUCUCACACGGGGGAAAAGCCGCAUUGCUGCCCUGAAUGUGGGAAAUGUUUUACAACAAAAUCAAAACUUAGAUCAUAUAAAGACAAUAUAAGAAGAGAUCCAUAUAAAGACGAUAUAAGAAGAGAUCCAUAUAAAGACGAUAUAAGAAGAGAUCCAUAUAAAGAUGAUAUAAGAAGAGACCCAUAUAAAGAUGAUAUAAGAAGAGACCCAUAUAAAGACGAUAUAAGAGGAGAUCAUAUAAAGACGAUAUAA